AUGAAAUACAUACGACUGAAGAGGGCUUCAAAGCUAUCAACUCCUUUCGAUAUCUCAUUGGAGGCAGUGGAAACUCCACAAAAGUCAUUGCCAAUUGAUCAGGUAAAUUAUUUACGUAUGGUUCGUACAUAUGACCUGAGAACAGGUUCGAACUGGUAGAGCUAUCGAAUACAAAUAAACUUAGUUUAGCUUGUAAACUCUACUACGACAGUUUCUCCGUUCAUUCGGUUUUUCUCUCCAAACACAAACUGACCCUUAGGCCUAAGUUUUUCAAGCACGCACAUCAUGGUCCUUUGGCUUGGGAGAAUUGGGCAACCGUAACCUGUGUAAUCAAAUUUAAAUAAAUCGUUAUCCUCAUUAUCAAAACAGGAGGAACCAGGUUACGAAACUGUCUCGAGAGUUGUUCGAGAAUUUUACGAUGACGUUGUCACCAAUGCAAAUAACUGUAAAGACGAAGGUCAGUAA